AUGGAGCCCUCGGAAACAACUCCUUCUCGCGUUCAACGUCCCCCAACACUGGCCGAACGGAUCUCGAACCUCAUUCAGGUGAACAUGGAAGGGAUACCAGGCAAAUGUCACAUCUUUGAGACUACUUUCUCCGUGGACUAUCAAGGGUCGGAUUCAGGAACUGUGGCGGAGGCGCUCUUGUCGACAGUUCUGAAUUCUAUGGAGGAAGCCAUCAACAAUUCCCCUAAUGAAUUGAAGCUUCUUCCGAUCUCUGAUACCACAUAUAAGCAACCAAAUCUUUGGAUUCGAAACUCAGUAGAUUCACGUAAUCGCAUUUCGACUUAUCGCGCUCUGUCGACUUACUGUGAUAUGGAAUACGGUAACUGUCCCUACGCGGCAACCAACAGCAAGCCGGGCGAGAAGAAACUACGCACACGCAUUCGCGUCGGCUUCUCGGCUGAGGCUUCGGUCGAGGCCGUCCAAGACUAUCUUCAUACCGGAUUACGUCAAUUGGGGAGAGGUGCUGGGUGCUACCCUUCUCCCUUGCAGUAUGGAGAAAUUGUGAAGAUCGGAUCAUGCUCGUUUAUUCCUGCAGAAGUCAACUUCUCAGCUUAUGCAAAGGAACUGAUGAGACUAUUUGAUUUCGAAG